GAGCUCCGGUGGCGCCUCGAGGGCAGGAAGGGUUGCCUGAAAGAUAGGCGGCGGCGGGGGCGUGCUUUGAAUGAGGCGGGGCUCUCCUCCUCCUGACAUGAGAGCAAAGAAAUGUCUUCACCCGCAAGGGCGAGAGAAGCUAUGAGGGAGGGAGGCGGCCUCUCUGAUACCGAUAGUGAUGAGACAGUGGUUGAGGGGUCCGUGGUGGAAAGCGAGCUGGAAGAUGAGGAGCUCCACGGCCAGAGGUUAGCUUUGUUCGGUAAGGAUAUGGCAUCAGCAGGAAUAAAGAUCUUAAAUGGAGAAAAACUGUCUCCAGAGAUUCAACCUAUUCGUAAACACAGGAUUGAUCCACACAUUGGAAGGGAAACAGAGUUGAUUAAUCUGCCAUAUCAAGAGACUGAUAACAAGCAAGAAUCUCAGUCUCUGCUCCCAGUUGGAAUAAACUAUCCAGUCAUUGCUACAAAUAUUUGUGAGCCUAAUUGUCCACCACCUGCUACUGUACCUGGAGAUCACAGCCAUUUCAUUUAUUUAAAUUCCAAAGUGAAUGGAUUUCAGGUAUUAUCAGAGAAAAAUAGAUUAAAUGAUGAAGACUCUCCAGAAAUAAGCCUUCUUUCAGGCAUUGAUGCAAUAGAGGAGUUAUCAAAAUACGCAGUAACAAAAUGUACAACGGUAUCAGAAGCUUUUCAGAAUGUCAGGAUGACCAGUAACCAGCAAGAUAUGAUAGCAAAUGGCCAGUCUAUUGAAGCAGUGGCAUCUGAUAUAACUACAAGCAGAAUAAUGGCUGGAAACGUUGAGGUUAAAGAUUUUAUGAUUCUCAGUGAUUCUGAGAAUUCCCAAAUGCCAAGUCCCUUGUUUGACAUACUGAAUUAUCAGAAUGAUGCUCUUUCUAUGGGUGCAUCAAUAAAUGGAAGUAAUGCUCUGCCAGAAGAGCUUCUCACAGCACUGAACUCCUUGUCAGACUCUGUAGUACCACCUGUCUUUCAACCAGUAGAAAAGGGAAGUGGGCACAGUCUGGCACAGAAAUGGCUGAGAUCAGAGCUAACAGAUGAUUACACACAAAUACAUGAUACAGAUUUUGAUUCCCAAUUGCAUUUACAACACCUUGAAGAAACAGAACUUUUAAUGGAGAACAAGUUACCUUGUCUUUCAGGGGAACAAUUUGAUUGUGAUCAGACAUACAAAUUAAUUAAUUCAGAUCACCUGACUGAAAAGGGAGAUUCCAAUUUAAAGGAAACUAGCUCAUGUCAACAAAUUAUCCAAAUAUCUUCAUAUACUUUAAGAAAAUCAGCCCGAAAAAGAAAAGAGAUUCCUUAUAGUGAUGUAGAUAAUACUUCCAAUGGUCAAAGAUGUCUAGAAGAGACACAUCAGAAAAUACACAGUGACAGAGCUGAAGCAAGACUCUUUGAGUAUAUCAUAGCACAAGACUCUAACACUAAAGAGAAGUCAGAUCAACAAUCACAGCUGAGAACCGGCUCACUCUACAGCUCAGCUUCGGAUGAGAAUACCAAAGUUGAGCAAAUGAGGAAAAGCCAGAGGAUUGACAAGAAAAGUAGAAAGCAAACCGCAUCUAAAAAUUGUUCCAGUGACUCAUCGUUCAGCCACAUUUCACUUUCAAGUAUCAAUAGAAGAGAUGUGUUUGGUCAGAGAUUAUUGCAUAGGGCUGUUAUGCAAAACAAUGUAGGUUAUGUAUGUGCAGUAAUAAAAGCUGGUGCAAGUGUAAAUGUUCAAGAUUAUGCAGGCUGGACUCCACUGCAUGAAGCCAGUGUGGCUGGGUUUUAUGAGAUAACAAAUGAACUUCUAAAAGCAGGAGCUGAUGUUAACUGUAAAGGAAGUGAAGAAGUAACACCACUGCAUGAUGCAGUUAAAGAAGGUCACUACAAGGUGGCAGAGUUACUCCUCUGGUACGGAGCUGAUCCACUAGUCAAGAAUGAGAAAGGAAAGAGUGCCUUAGAAGAGGCUACUGACAAGUGUAUGAGGUUAUUACUUGAAAAUUAUGCAGCUAAAUCUAGUGGAAAGUCAGCAUCAGCUGAAAGGCUUAUAGAAGACCCAGCCCAAAGUAGAGCUAACAAAAACCAGAGCCUGCUUAAGGUCAAACCAAACUCAGAUGACCAAGUCCAGCUUUCAUAUAUUGAUCAUAAGACAUUAAAGCAACACAGUAUAAAACAAAAUAAGGAAAAAAGAAAUCUACGAAGUAAUUCUGUCUCUACAAAACAAGAGAGUUAUAAAAUAAGGAAUGAAACAUUAAAAAGUCCAUCUCUGGUUUCAAAGUCAAAGCAGCCAGUCACAGAAAAACCACCAUCUUCUUUGAAUACAUCAAGGGACAAAACAAAAAUGAAUGGCCAAAGAAAGAACAUGCAAAAUGACUCUGGACACACAACUAGUGUUUGUUUCUCCAAAAGAAUAGUUAGGCCCUCAAGGUAUCACCGUUAUAAUCCAGAUGGAAUUUGUGAAGCUGCAGAAGAGUCUAGCAUGCUCACAGAGUCAGACAUACAGCAGGAGAAUAACUCCUCUAACAAUGUGUGUUUAUUGGAAAGGAAAGAGGUUCAUAAAAGCACAGAGCCAUCAGGAGCAACAAAUGGUCAAGCGACCAACUCCCUUGUUGCUACACCAUUAGUUCCUGUUCAAGAAGGAUCUGUUUUAUCUUCUGUAACUGGUCUAGUAAAUGAGCCUGAUUUGGACUCAGACCGCCCCUUGUGCAAAGACACAAGUCCCAAAGAUCUGGAUCUGCUGGCAGAAGGACAGUGUACUGUGAAACACAGUAAUGUCUCUUCUUGUCUUAAAGCGCAUAGUUUAGGUGACAACCUACAUACUGCUGAAAAGAUGAAGUUCAACUGCACAAUUGGAGAAGGAGAAAUUAAUCCUGCUAAUGAGAGAAAUAUAUCACCAGAACAAUACAUGCAUUCUGAAAACCUUUUAGAUCAAAUUAAUCCAAACUGCCACACAGGCAUAUUCUUGGAACAUGGAGUAGCUGUGAAAGAUCCUUUCCCUGUGGCUGAACCUAUUUCUUUAGAAGUAAAUCUGUUAGAGUCACAAAGUACAACCUCCCUAUUGCUGCAAGGAUCUGCAGAUUUUGGUGACUCAGAUUGUACAGUCCUUUCUGAGCAGUAUGCUUUAAAUGCAGACAAAAGCCCAGGUAAAAAUGCCCCUACAGCUCUUGGAAUCCAUAAUGAACAAACACUUCAAGUUAGUAUGGAAAUGUACUCGACUUCUGCAUUUUCUCAUGGUAUCAAUUUAGCUGAUGUUACUGAAAGUCCUGACACUUAUAACUCUAAUGAGCUAAGAACUUUCAUCCCUCAUGUCCAUGGGAGUCUGAUGAUGGGGUCAAGAGCAGAAGAAAACAUUGGAAGAUGCCCUGAGAGAAUGGGAAAUGGUAGUGUGCUAGGGAAUAACACAAUCCUGGAUAUACAGAUGUGUGACCAAGAACUAUUUCAAGAUGGAGCCCUGCAAAUUGAGAUAACUGGAAGAUGUUACAAUGAGGCAGAUGGAAAAGAACAUUCAAGCAAUAAUCUAGAUCAGCAUAUACAAUUAGACUCUUCACAUUCUAGUGAAAAGAAGAAGACAUCUUAUUCUAGCCAGCUGCAGUGUACUACAACAGACAGAACAAACAAAAUACAUGCUAAAGGAGAAACUCGUUUGCAUUUGGCUGCUAAAAAAGGAGAUUUGUCUGUAGUGAAGUCUUUGGUAGCAUCUGGAGCAUGUGUGAAUAAUAAAGAUAAUGCAGGACGACGACACUUGCGUUCUGCUAAGUCUCGAAGAUCCCGCUUUUGUCAUGAAUGCUGUGGAAAGGAUAACCUGGUUUCACUUCCCAGUGCAGCUAGUCAAAAAAGUGGCACACACGAGUCCAUGAGUAAAAUAGAAGAAAUGCAGGAUAGACUUUUGCUCUUCAAGUUAAGAAACCCAAGAGAUGCAGAUCGCUAUAUCCAAGACCUAUCUCAGAUACAGAACCUUUUGAAUGCUGUGCUUGCCAAACAGAAAUCAGAAAGAGAUGACCUGGUUAAAAAAUAUAGAGCUUCUGCAGAAUCUUUCAAACAGGGAACACUCAGGGAACAGAUAGUUAAACUUGUUUCCAGACAAAAGAGCCUUCUGCUUAUGGCACAAAAGCAGAAAGAACUGGGCAGGAAAAUACAGAAUUAUAAGAAUGCAAAAAAGAAGUCUUCAAGUUCAGCAAAACAAGUCCCAAGCACACUCAGUUCUUGUGAAAACAACAACACAGAAGAAGACACUUCUGAUAAAACAGUGCCAUGCCCUGGUGAUGUGGGCCUUGAAACCAGCUGGGUCAUGGAAAGUAGUUUUUUAGAUCAGGAGAUCAGCCAGUGUCCAAGCAGGUCUCUGAAUGUGUCAGGAGGCAGUAACGAUGUAAUCAUUAUACAAAAAGAGGUUGAUCCUCAUAAUCUGAUGUCUGAAAACAUGUUUAGGACAUAUACCAUUAAUGAGGUACUAAAUUCCAAGUCUUCUGAUGCUACAGACGAAGAAACUUUGCCUUCAGAACCCUUUUUCUUCAUUCAGACAAAAGAGUCAGAGGAAACUGAUAGUAUAGUAGUAGCACCACAAGGAAACAAACUUUCAAAUGGGACACCAAGGAUUUAUACACAAAAUAUUAUAGCAGCUGAAAAUUUUGAUGUCAAUAUCAAUGAGUCAAACACUGAAGGUCAACAUGUUUGCACUAAGUCUUUGCAGCAAUAUUCAAAUAUAAAUGAGGCUUUCCAAAUGCAACCGAUAUUAGUAUUAGAAUCCACCUACAGCUAUGUUGCUACUCAUCAGAACAACAUUUCCCCAAACAAUAGAAUCUCACUUAAUGCUAAUUUAGAGCCUAAAGGGAUAUUUUCUGGUACACUAUCACCAAGCAGGAUCAGUCAACAUUCUUCUCAGGGCUCUGACAAUCAGGAGUCUGAAAAACAAUUAAACUUCAAAGCAAGCAGAAUCAGCCAAAACUCUUCUCAGUGCUCCAACAUUCAGGAGUCUGAAAAACAAUUAAACUACAAAGCAAACAGGAGGAAAAAGAAUCAGCUACAAGAUCUGCUUGAAGUGGGGAAGAUUAAGCCAGGUGAUGAUGUUCUGGAAUUCACACUGCAGGGUUCCAAACAUAAAGCCAGCCUUUUGCAAAAUGGAAAAGUCAAAACAGGCAACAACUUGGUUUUCCAAAAUCCAGUUCAGUGGAUUAAAGCACUAUUAGGAAAUGACAUUUCUGUAAGCUGGAAAUAUGUAUGGAAUAAGGUCACAUACUGUGGAACUCUGUUAUCAGAAAUAAUUGCUGAAGUUCAUAUUCCUAAGGAACCAGAAUUACCAUUGCAGAAAGAGAGGCUAUUAGGCACAAAUUCUACUGCAAAUUCUACAGAACGGGAUCACAGCUGUGGUGCUGAGUGCCGCUGUUCCAGUUAUAAGGCCCCUGACCUUCAGGAUGCAGACUGUCUGCAGGAAAAAGCUACACAUUUUCUUCAAGAAGAAAUGGAAAUUCUACCAUCUGAAACCGAAGCUGAAGAAACACUUUCACUAGUCAGGGAAAUAAAAUCUUCCUACCAGCCCAAAAUAUCAGAAAACCUCAGAUUUCUACAGUUCAAUGAAAUAGUAUUAAUAAAGGAUGAAGAAUUUCUGCCAUGCCAUAUAAUGGAUCAGUACUGGAAUUUCUAUGUCCAUUGUGAGAAUUUUGGAUUUUAAAUAUAUUCAUGAAUGAUAUAUACUUUCCUUCCUUAGCUGUUGAAAGCAAACUAAUGGGUAAUUAGGUUGUUUGGGGUGGGCUGUUGGUUUUUUGUUUCUGUUUUUGCUGCUGUUCUUGAAUUUUUUUCUUAGUAUCACUUUUAAAACACAAAGAAGAGUCUUGCAUAGUUGAGUCCCAAAAGAUGUAAAUGCUUUAGAAACUUUUAUCAGAGGCCUAGCGAAGGAAAAGAGCAAUGAGCAUAAACCCUGCUAUGUAGCUACAUUGCUGUAAGUUUUGGCUAUAAUAAACCUUGCCCUAAAGUUAACACUAAGGACUUGACAGGCUUGGCAUGAUGCCCUCAACUGGAGAACAUAUCAUUUAAAAGCAACAAUGGUCACUUUUACUGAACAAUGUUUCAGGUGACACUGUGUGAAGGUUGGCUGGUGCCUCAACAUCUAGGUCAAGAAGGGAAGGUUAAUAUUUUCUUAUGUUUUAGUCAAAGUGUCCACAACAGCCAUGCUCAAAGGAAGAUUGUAAAAUUGAUUGUAUCCAAAAGGGAAGGAUUAUUACCUCUUGAUAAAACAGAACUCUUUCCAUCUCAGAGGUAUCUUCAUACAUUACUCACUUAAGCUACCCUAUGUGUACACGCUAACGAUGGAUAAUUAGGUUUAAUUACUUUUUGUGGCUAAUGUAAUUCUACCUGUGAUCUUGGUUUCCGUAGAACUUUUCAUUUGUAAGCAGGGUGAAACCAUGUUUCAUUUUGCUGUUUGAUAAGAGAAUGCAAAGGAAUAUUUUCUGAUGUUACCAUUGGGGCCAUAUUUAGCUCUUAUGUAAGAGGAAGAAACUUGUGGCUUUAUAGUGCAAUAUUUGCUUUAAAAUGAAGCUCCACAACUAUUGGCAGAGAUAUAACCUUUUGCACCUUAGCUUGAAUCCCAUCUACUUGAACACAGUACUAAAAUUAAUGCAGUGAUUUGUUUUUUAAAAUCUGAUGUUCAUAGUCAUUGCUUUGUUUGUUUCACAUUAAGCAGGUGCCAGUGUGAUGUUAGUUGUGGGAUUGUGCAUUCCACCACCACCCCCAGCCACUCCUGUCUUACAAAUUAACCUGCCCAUCAGUUUUAACUGUUAAAGCUAACCAUGCUUCUCUCUAACCAGGAUUUAGAACUCAGGCUUGAAGCAGGUUAGCAAAGUCUGUUUAACAGGGAAUCCAUAAUCUUGGUUAAUGCCAAUGUAAUACAACCAUGGUUAAGUCCAUUAACCAUGGUUAAUGGAGGGAAUCUGUGUGUGAGAGGGGUAGGACUUCAGGAAGAGCACAUGUCAUCCAGUUGCCCUCUCAUGCUGUCUUAACCUUGGUAAAGUUAUUGCCAUCUUCAUCUUCCUCAACUCAUUUAGAUAUUAAAAUGUACUUAGUUACAGGUAUUGUCUAACGCUAAUAUUUUGAAGUUCACGGAAGUAGAAGACUCUUAUUUACAAAUACCCAGGCACGUUCAAGUGAAGAACAAAAAAAGAAUACAAGGAUAAUUUGUCUGCUGGAAUCUUUGAGCUUUUAAAACCCACCAAAUAUUAUGCUGUGCUCUGGCCUCAAGCACGAUUGCAAUUAUUUUGCAUUUAAAACAUUUCUGUCUUCUUAGCUAGCAUAUUUAUAGCACAUCUGACUGCCAUGACAAAAUGCUUUGGGGCUCUUUCACUCCUUAGAUUAAACAAAAUCUUAAAAGUGGUACCCAUUGCUAACUCCAGGUUGUGAAGCAGGAGGAGGAAUUGUUGUCAGUCCCCGCAUAGCAAUUUCUGAUUAUCUGGCUAAAGUGCAAGCUAGUAGUACUAUAAAGGGGUUAGGCAAAAGGAUAGUAUCAAUGCAGGUUCAUCACACAGGAGUAAGAAGAGAGGCUGUAUAAGGAGAGUGGUUUUGCUUUAAGAACGUUCUUUGGAAAGAACUUAAAAAAUUUGAAAUGUCGACUCACAAAAUAAAAAUGUUAAUUUAAGUAGGAGGUCUUUAAUUAAGGAUUAAUUACUUAUACUCUGGUGUAUUUGCCCUUUGGGGUCCUUAUAUUUUAUUUUUCCUCAUUGUGUUGUAACCAACAAAAGACUUGCUGAAAGGAAAUAGUAAUUCUUAUUCAAGUUUUGCUUGCAGGGGAAUAUUGUACUGGAUGUGAAAUGUACAAAAGAUUUAUUUGACCAUUAGACUUACUUUACUGUUUAGAUGAUUGGUUGUGUGAUAUAUUCUUUGAUGUGAGACACUUAAUAAAUUAGUAACAUGUCAA